AUGAAGUUUGGAAAACGUUUGCAGGAGGAGAUGGUGGAACAGUGGAAAGACUUCUAUGUCAACUACAAAUCCCUGAAACACUUCAUCCAUCAUUCCGAAUUAACUGGAGCAGAGUUCAGUCAUGCACUUUUUGACAUGAUUGCAAAGGAACUUGAGAAGCCCGAGAAUUUUUUCCAAGAAUUGCUGGAGGAAUUACAGCAGGGCCAUGAUGAGUUACUCGAGCAGGAUCCAGACUUACCACUCAUACACCCAAGACGCACCGGGCGAUUUUACCGAAAACGAUUGCAUCGUGAAUUAACACCUUCCCACGAGUCUGGAGAGUCUACUGGGUUCAAUAGUUCGCGAGAUAGUUCUAUGGUAGAGCAAGAUACAGAACGACCAAGAUGUUUUCCUUACUCUAUCAAAAGUUUAUUUUUAAUGAUUAUUGGAGAUUCUCAUAAAAAAGAACUUGACGAACAUACUCCUCGGGCUAAGUUUGUGGAAUGGCACUCAAGUGCACAUAAGUUACAACAUUUCGCAGAAUUGAAUCUUGAAGCAAUCCGAAAGGCUGCAAAAAAGUUAAAAAAGUAUCGUCGUCGAGAAGGUGAUUUUACUCUUUCUAUAGAGGCAGAACUUAGUCGAUCUCGUCUGGUUACACUGGUUCCCCGUUUGCACGCACUGAUGACAGAUAUUUGUGCUGAUUAUGAACGGAAGUACAAUGAUUCACUUGAACAAUACAAAAAUGUGACAAUGCAACAACCAUAUCAUGCAGAAUGGAGGUUUGUGUUUAUUUCAGCUGCCUUAUUCUGUCUUUUGAUGUUUCUUCCUAUUCUUUCAGUACAUCCUCCUGCUCACAACUGUGUAGCACUCUUUGGACUUAUCAUUUCACUUUGGAUUACAGAAGCCAUUCCUUUUUUUUGUACUGCAAUGCUUAUUCCAAUUGUGGCGGUUCCUCUUGGUAUUAUCACAGACCCACAAACCCAUAACGUCGCCUCCCCCACAGUAGCUUCUGGUAUUAUAUUGGGAAAAGUAAUGGACCAUGUUCAGAUUCUUGUGCUUGGAGGAUUAACUAUUGGAAAAGCACUCGGACGUACAAAUAUGGAGGCAUUCGCCGCAUCUGCACUAUAUCGUUUGACAGCUCACCGUCCUGCACUUUAUCUUUUGGGUGUAAUGUUAUGUAGUAGUUUUUUAUGUGCAUUCGUCUCCAAUGUUGCGGCACCUUUACUUGUUUUGGGUGUUAUUCAACGUACUUUAUGGGAAUUUCCCGAAGAUACGGAAGCUCCUCAUGGUAUUCUCCUCGGUUUGGCUUUUGCAUGCAAUAUUGGCGGUAUGCUAUCUCCUAUCGCAUCCCCACAAAAUGCCGUUGCACUCUCAGUGCUUAGCUUUCAUGAGGUGACGUUUGCAGCAUGGGUGAUUAUUGCCCUCCCUGUUGUACUCUUCUGCGUUAUUGCAUCUUGGGUCAUUAUUCUUGUUGUAUGGAAACCCUUUAAAGAUGUCUCAAGUAUUCCAUUACAAGUAGUUAAUGUGGAUGUGGGCAAGGAAGCAACGCUUACAGACCGUGUGGUUGUAGUGACGGUUUCACUCAUUACCAUCAUUCUUUGGAUUAUUACACCAAAUUUUCUUUUUGGUGAUACUGGGGUUGUUGCACUGAUUCCCAUCGUCGUCUUCUUUGGUACAGGCAUAUUAGCAAAAGAGGACUUUAACACUUUGUCGUGGCAUCUCAUGUUUCUUUUGGCCGGCGGAAAUAUGUUAGGUUUGUGUGCACGUGAUUCAAAAAUGUUGGACAUCAUCGCUAAUAAUUUACAUGACACUUUGAUUAGUCAACCACCUUAUUUGACUCUUGUAAUUAUUAUUGCUCUUGUCGCACUCAUAACAACGUUUGUUUCGCACACUGUAGCUGCCAUGGUUCUUCUUCCUAUUAUUGUAAAGAUAGGCUUCUUGUUGCCCAAACAGGAAGGUCUAUUCGCUGUAUCGCCUGCAACUAUUGUUUUGCUAAGUGCUCUGAUGUGUUCUGGGGCAAUGGCGUUUCCAAUCAGUUCGUUUCCAAACGUAAAUUCGCUUCUAGCGGAAGAUUCUUCUGGUAGACCGUACCUCAAAGCGAAGGAUUUUCUUUUCUGUGGGACACUUAUUACGCUUCUCUUCUUUUUCUGCUUCAUCACGUGGAUGGUGCCGUUAACCUACGCUGUUCUUGAAGGUAAGUAG